AUGUACAUUUGUUAUAACGAUAUUGCAAGAAGAUCCUUUGGUCAAGAUGUUAAAUCCACAGCUGAUAGUUUCAAAAGUUGGGAUACUUGUAUGGACAAUAAAACAUGUAAAAUUGUAGCUAUUGUAGGUAUAGUUUUAGCAUGUCUUGUAGCAUUUUGGAUAAUAUCUACCCUUGUACGUUGUCUUUGCAUGGGUUUUUCUUGUUUAGAAGCUUUGUGCUGUUGUUGUUGUAGAUCUGCUUCAAAAGGAUAUACUGAAAAACAACAUCCUUAUACCAAUCCAAAUAUGUAUCCUCCACAACCUCAACCUGCUCCAAUGUAUCAACAGCAGUACCAAGGUUAUAGGGAAGUAGAUAGUGGGUAUAAUCAACCAAAUAACCAUACUUCCACCAAUCAGAAAGGAUAUCAACCUGUAGACCCAUUCCAAGACACCAGAACCUCAUAUAAGGGUCAUUUCUAG